AUGGACGACGUACGGUUUACGAUCAAUGGACAACUUUACACGGUAAACGGCACCACCGUACCGGUGGACACCUCGUUGAAUACGUUCAUUCGCGAUCGAGCCCAUUUGAAGGGCACGAAAUUUAUGUGCCGCGAGGGUGGCUGCGGUGCUUGCGUCGUCACCAUAAGUGGCCAUCACCCCAUCUCAAAGGAGCGUCACUCGUGGGCUGCCAAUUCGUGCCUCUUGCCGGUGUUGUCCUGCCACGGACAUGACAUCCUAACGGUGGAAGGGAUCGGUGGACGACGGCGUGGCUCCUAUCAUCCGGUGCAGCAACGGUUGGCCGAGUACGGCGGUUCCCAGUGCGGUUACUGUUCGCCCGGGAUGGUGAUGAGUAUGUACGGGUUACUGGCCUCGCAACGGAACAAACCGGAUGCGGUUCCACUGACCGCGGCUCAGAUUGAGGCAGCCUUCGAUGGGAAUGUGUGCCGAUGCACCGGCUAUCGACCGAUCCUGGAGGCGUUCCGAACGUUUGCCAGCGGUCCCGAACCCGAGCUGACGGAUAUCGAAGAGCUGACGCUCUGUCCCCGAACUCAGAAAGCUACCGAGGGCACGCUGACACGGCGGCUUGAGUUUCGCGAUGGUCGAAAGUGGUUCCGAGUGGUCACGCUAGAGGGCGCGUUCGACGUUCUUGACUCCAUCGAAGGCCAGCCCUAUACGCUGGUGGGGGGCAACACCGCCCACGGUGUGUAUCGCCGUCCGGACGACUUGCAGGUCUUCAUUGACGUCAGCUCGAUCGAGGAGCUCCGGGGACACAAGGUGGAAACAUCGCUCACGGUCGGAGCUGGCACUACACUGACGGAGCUGAUCGCCAUCCUUGAGGACGUAGCCGAAGAGAAUCGAAACUUCCUGUACUGCACGUAUUUGGCGGAUCACAUCCGGCAGGUGGCCAACCUGCCGAUUCGGAACGUCGGAACAAUCGCUGGCAAUCUGAUGAUCAAACAUCAGCACCCGGAGUUCCCGUCGGAUGUGUUUCUCCUACUGGAGGCCGCCGAAGCAACGCUGUCGAUAAUGAUCAACAAGCAGAGCACCAUCCACGUGUCACCGUUGGACUUCCUGAAGCUCAACAUGGGCCGGAAGAUCAUUCGGGCGAUCGAGUUGCCACCGCACGAUCCCACCAACACCGCCUUCCGGUCGUACAAAAUUAUGCCCGUAGCCCAAAACUCCCGGGCCACCGUGAACGCGGCGUUCCUGUUCCGUGUCUGCCCGGACGAGAAGCAGUGCAUCUCGAGCACCAUCUGUUACGGUGGCAUCAACCCGAUGUUUGUUCAUGCCCGCAAAACGGAAGCACUGCUGGUGGGGAAACCACUGGCCACUAAUGAAACCCUUGCCCAGGCACUGACGCUCCUGGCGAGCGAACUGAAACCCGACGCCGUGCUGCCGGAUGCAUCGCCCGAUUACCGGAAGCAGCUGGCUCUGUCGCUGCUGUACCGUUUCGCGCUUAGCAUCCACCCGGAGGUGAGGGGCCGGCUGAUGGGCAGUGGAGCGUUCGCCGUAGAGCGACCGGCCGUUUCGUCCGGUCAGCAAACGUACGACACCUACCGGAAGCGGUGGCCCCUGACGAAGAAUGUGCCGAAGCUGGAAGCGUUGGCCCAGUGUGCCGGAGAAGCGGAGUUCAUCAACGACAUGCCGCGGCUGCCGAACGAGUUACACGGUGCCCUGGUGUUGGCCACCGAACAACAGUGUCGGAUCGUCCAGAUCGAUGCUUCCGACGCGUUGGAACUGCCCGGGGUGGUGGCGUUCCUGUGCGCGAAGGAUGUACCGGGCUUCAACAACUACAUGCCGCUGGAGAUGGGUGCCCGGGAGGUGGACGAAAUAUUCUGCAGCGGUCAGGUACAGUUCGUGGGCCAGGUGGUGGGGAUCGUGUGUGCGGAGAGCUUCGAGCUGGCCAACCGAGCGGCUCAGUGUGUGCGGGUCGAGUACCGGAAGACAAGCAACCGCCCGGUCAUGCCGACGGUGCAGGAUGUUUACGAUGCGCUCGAGUUCAGUCGCGUGACCGAUCAGCCGUAUGAUCGCCGUGGAGCUAAGCACCGCCAGGCACGGGACGGGCCGAUUACCGUGGCGGGAAGGUUCGAUCUUCGCGGCCAAUACCACUACCCGAUGGAAACGCAGGCGUGCUUCUGCGUACCGCAAGCCGAUUCGAUGGAUGUGUUCUGUGCCACUCAGUGGCUCGAUCAUGUGCAGAUCGCCAUCUCGCAGGCUCUCGGUACCACGGAGAGCUUCCUGAACGUCGUCGUAAAGCGGCUUGGCGGUUCGUACGGUUUGAAGCUGACGUACGCGAGUCAAAUGGCUUGCGCUUGUGCCGUGGCCGCACACCGCACCGGGCGCCCGGUGCGCAUGAUCCUGCCACUCGAGACGACCAUGUCAGCGACCGGAAAGCGGGCGGGUAGUGUGAGCGAGUACGAAGUAUCGGUCGAUCGGAGCGGUCGUAUCGGCAAGCUUAGCCAUACGUACAUCCACGACGACGGUGCCACCGUCAACCUGAUGCUCGGCGGUCAAACGAGCGAUAUGUUCAAAAACUGUUACCGCACCGACAGCUGGAAGCUACGGGGAAAGGUCGCCCGGACGGAUGUGCCGCCGAAUACGUGGGCCCGGUCUCCGGGCACCUCCGAGGGUAUUGCUAUGAUCGAGAACAUCAUGGAGCACAUCGCGCACCGGACCGGACUCGAUCCGAUCGACGUGCGGAUGGUGAACAUUGCGCGGGAGAACAAAAUGCACCAGCUGCUACCCCGCUUCCGAAGGCAGGUGGCGUACGAUGAGCGGCGUGUGGCGAUCGAAAGCUUCAACCGGGACAACCGGUGGCACAAGCGGGGCAUUGCCGUGAUGCCAAUGCAGUAUCCGCUCGAGAUCCACUCGAUGAAGAAUGCGGUCGUGUCGAUCCACAACGAUGAUGGUUCGGUUUCGAUCGUGCACGGCGGCAUCGAGAUGGGCCAGGGCAUCAACACCAAGGUCGCCCAGGUUGCGGCCCACCUGCUCGGGCUGCCGCUGGAGAAGAUCACCGUGAAGCCGACGAACAGUUUGCUGAACGCAAACUCAGAUGGCUCACAGCACAGCCAGGCCACUGACGGAGCAACUGCGGCCGUUAAGAAGUGUUGCGAAAUUCUGCUGGAGCGUCUCAAACCAUACCGAUCGAUGCUGAGGUCCAAAAGCUGGCUGGAGGUGGUCCGUAGUGCCUCGUUUGACGAGGUUGAUCUGCAGGCCGCAUACUUCGCUACACCGAGCGACAUCCGGCCGUACACGGUUUGGGGCGUUGCAUGCGGAGAGGUUGAGGUGGACAUUCUCACCGGUCAGGUUGUGGUACGGCGCGUCGAUAUACUGGAGGAUGUCGGUGAAAGCAUGAACCCCGGAAUCGAUGUCGGCCAGAUCGAAGGGGCGUUCGUGAUGGGCCUGGGGUACUAUCUGACUGAGGCACUCGUGUACGAUCCGAAGGAUGGUGCUCUGGUCAACAAUCGCUCCUGGAACUAUAAGGUGCCCGGCUGUCGUGACAUUCCGGUUGACUUUCGAGUUUCGUUUCUGACCAAAAGCGUCAGCGAGGGUGGUGUGCUGCGCGCCAAAACCACCGGUGAGCCGGCUCUGUCGCUUAGUCCUGUCGUCACGUACGCAAUUCGAAAUGCGCUGCGAGCAGCACGGCGCGAUGCCGAACUGCCGGAUGUUUGGUUAAGCAUGGGCAGUGGAAUGACACCGGAGAAAAUAUUUCUUCUGCUAGAAAACUCCAUUGAGCAGUACAAGUACGACUGA